AUGGAAAAUUCAACAUUGAGUGUGACUGGUGAAUCAUCUAUACCUGGCUCUGAUGUUCAAGAACAAAACCCUGUAUCUUCUGUUCAACCAACAUUGCCCCAGCCAACUCAACCUGUUAUUCCACCAGUUAUUACUCCUGUCGUGCCUCCUCUGGCUCCAAUUCCCGUGGUUCCUUCCUCUCUUGUCCGGCCACUGGCACCACUCCCAGUUCGGCCACCGGUUAUUAAGCCACCAGUGCCACAAAAUGGCGAUGUUGGGUCUAGUGAUUCUGAGUCAGAUGGUGAUGAUGGAGACACCAGAAUAAAUAAGGGUACUGGCGAGUAUGAGAUAUCAGAAGAGAGUAGACUGGUGAGGGAGCGACAGGAGAAAGCGAUGCAAGACCUCAUGAUGAGAAGACGUGCUGCUGCUCUUGCUGUUCCCACGAAUGACAUGGCAGUGAGGGCCCGUCUUCGUCAUCUUGGUGAGCCGAUUACCCUCUUUGGUGAGAGGGAGAUGGAGAGGCGGGACAGGUUGCGGAUGAUUAUGGCAAAGCUGGAUGCCGAUGGUCAGCUGGAAAAGCUAACGAAAGCUCUUGAGGAUGAAGAGGCCGCAACUUCUGCUCCAAAAGAUGAGGCUGAGGAUGAUCUGCAGUAUCCUUUUUACACUGAAGGGUCAAAGUCUCUCCUCGAUGCAAGGAUUGAUAUUGCUAAAUAUUCUUUAGUAAGGGCUGCAUUGCGUAUUCAACGUGCUCAGAGAAGAAGAGAUGAUCCGGAUGAAGAUGUGGACGCGGAGAUGGAUUGGACAGUGAAGCAGGCUGCAAAUUUAAAUCUUGAAUUCAGUGAAAUCGGAGAUGAUCGACCACUUACUGGUUGCUCGUUCUCCCGGGAUGGAAAAGGGCUUGCUACUUGUUCUCUAACCGGAGCUUCCAAGUUGUGGAGCAUGCCUAAUGUAAAAAAAGUUUCUACCUUCAAGGGGCACACUGAACGUGCUACUGAUGUUGCUUAUUCCCCUGUGCACAAUCAUUUAGCUACUGCCUCUGCCGAUCGGACAGCAAAGUAUUGGAAUGAUCAAGGAUCUCUUUUGAGAACAUUUGAGGGUCAUCUUGAUCGUCUUGCACGCAUUGCCUUCCAUCCAUCAGGGAAGUACUUGGGCACUGCUAGCUUUGACAAGACAUGGAGAUUAUGGGACGUUGAAACAGGAGAGGAGCUGCUUCUUCAAGAAGGCCAUAGUAGAAGUGUAUAUGGUUUAGCUUUUCAUCAUGACGGAUCGUUAGCUGCGUCUUGUGGACUGGAUGCUCUGGCUCGUGUAUGGGACCUUCGAACUGGGAGAAGUGUUCUUGCACUAGAAGGUCAUGUCAAACCGGUUCUUGGCAUCAGUUUUUCUCCUAAUGGAUAUCAUUUAGCCACUGGUGGUGAAGAUAACACUUGUCGCAUUUGGGACUUGAGGAAGAAGAAAUCCUUGUACACCAUUCCUGCUCACUCUAAUUUGAUAUCGCAAGUAAAGUUUGAGCCACAAGAGGGUUACUUCUUGGUAACUGCAUCAUAUGACAUGACAGCUAAGGUAUGGUCGGGCCGGGACUUUAAGCCUGUGAAGACACUAUCAGGGCAUGAAGCAAAAGUUACUUCUCUGGAUGUCCUUGGAGAUGGUGGGUAUAUAGUUACUGUCUCCCAUGAUCGCACCAUAAAGCUGUGGUCCAGCGGCACUGCUAGUGAACAAGCUAUGGAUGUUGACUAA